UUCUCCUCAUUUUCUCGGCUAGGUUUUCAAGAAAGGCCCAUUUUUCCGGCGAACCACUCCGGCGGAGCUUCAAAAAUUGGUCUUCCAUACUUUGACCCGGAUCUUUGGAGGGCCAUGUCUGCGAACGAUUCUUUUGCUGCUGCUCUACGGAACUUGGGGGGAAUUCAUACCGUUCCCAAGCCUCAGCCGAAGGAUAAGUCGGCAAAAAAGAAGAAGAGGGCUGUGAAGAGGGGUGAGUCCGGGUCCUCUCGUCAGGAGACGGAGGGGACUGGCAACUCGAGUGCAACUCCGGAUCCAGAGCUGCAGGUGAGGGACCCGGAGUUGGAUUCUGAGGCCCUGGAGGUGGAGAGCCCGGUCCAUGAGCCAAAGAAAAAGAAAAAGAAGAUUGAUUCUUCUCACAUGGAGAUCAUUGACAUGACAGCAGAGGAUCCGGGCAAGGAGGCUAUGGAUGUAGCUGAUCCGGGGGUCGAACUCGGAGGUGGUUCCCGUCCGGGGCCCAAGUUUGGGAAGUAUCCGGUCAAGAAGGUGAUCGGAUUGAUGUCUGAGCUCCCUUCUGACCAGGAUUGGGAGGUGAUGGAGGACCAGGGUCUGGUCGAAAAUUUCAAGGAGAUCGGGGACCUCUGGGGUCAGCUCGGUGGACGCUUGGCCGGGUUCAACACCCAUGCUUUGGCCAACUUGAAGAAGGAGAGAGAGUUUUCUGCUGAGACUCUUGCCCGGGUCCGGAAGCUGGAUAAGGACCUGGAUCGUGAGAGGUCAGCUCGGGAGGCCUUAGAGGCUAGUUUGAGCUCCAAGAUUAAAGAGGCUGAGCUGAAGAAGGAAGCUGAGCUGGCUCAGGAAAUCAAGGAUGCUGAGGCCCGGGCUGAUGAUGCGGAGAAGAGGGCAUCCGGGCUGGAGAAAGAAGUGGCUGAGCUGAAGAAGAAGUUAGAGAGCCGGAAAGCCCCGACUGAAGUUGUUGCCGAGUUCCAGAAGUCCCAGGUCUAUGCAGAUGCUCUAGCAAAGGCUGCGGCUGCGGAAGUCAUGCGCUGCUGGACGGUGGCCGAGAAGCAUAUCAAAACCGACCCGGGUGCCACUGCCCAGAGCUUCAUUGACCUGUAUAUUGAUGUGAAGAACAAAGUCAAUGCAGGUGGGGCGGAGCCCGAGCCUUACGUGGCCCCGGGUCAGGAUGUGGACUCGGAUUCUUCGGCUGAUUCCGAACCGGUGGACGAAGAGAUUCCUGUCCAAGAUUCUGUGGACGGAGAGAUUCCAGCCCAAGAUCCUCCUGCCGAUGACCUCUCCGUCCAAGUCCCUCCACCUGCUUAGAUUUAUUUUUGCCUCUGCUUUGAAAAAAAAAAAA